AUGAGUAGUAAGGGAUUCAUCACGGUAGAUCCCGUUACUAUCAUAAUUAAAGAAUGCAUUAAUUUAUCAACAGCAAUGCGGAAAUACUCCAAAUUUACCUCCCAAUCUGGGGUAGCUGCUCUACUGGGAGGAGGGAGUGAAAUCUUUAGUAAUCAAGAUGAUUACUUGGCUCACACAUUCAACAAUCUGAAUACCAACAAGCACAAUGACCCAUUUUUAUCUGGCUUCAUUCAGUUAAGACUCAUGUUGAAUAAACUGAAAAAUUUAGAAAAUAUAGAUUCGCUCACAAUAUUGCAGCCAUUUCUAUUAAUUGUGAGUACAAGCUCUAUUUCUGGCUACAUUACUUCUCUGGCACUUGAUUCUCUACAAAAAUUCCAUACUUUGAAUAUUAUCAAUGAAUCAUCCAAGAACUAUAUUGGCGCAUAUAGAGCAACAAUAAACGCUCUAACUCACUGCAGAUUUGAAGGAUCUCAACAACUUUCUGAUGAUUCGGUUCUUUUAAAAGUAGUGUUUUUACUCCGUUCAAUCGUCGAUUCGCCUUAUGGAGAUUUACUAUCAAACUCCAUAAUAUACGAUGUAUUACAAACUAUUCUAUCAUUAGCUUGUAAUAACAGAAGGAGCGAGGUCCUUAGGAAUGCUGCCCAAUCGACAAUGAUAUCUGUAACCGUUAAAAUAUUCUCGAAACUAAAAACUAUUGAGCCAACCAAUGUCAAUCAGGUGUACAUCAAUGAUGAAAGUUACACAAACGACGUGUUGAAAGCUGACACAAUUGGUACUAAUGCAGAAUCUAAAGAAGAAGGAAGCCAAGAACAUGUCGUUGACUCGGAGAUGAAUGAUGAAGAGGCUAUUAGCGAUGAUGAUGGUAAUGAAGAGGAACAUAUUCCUUUAGAAACGAACACAAAUGCGGUCGAACAACUAGAAAUUGUGCAAAAAACAACAAGAUCAAAUUCCAGGAUCCAAGCAUAUGCUGAUGAUAACUAUGGAUUGCCCGUAGCUAGACAGUAUUUAAACUUGCUACUAUCAUUAAUUGCACCGGAAAAUGAACUGAAGCACUCAUACUCCACGAGAAUAUUUGGCUUAGAAUUAAUUCAAACAGCAUUAGAAAUAUCAGGUGAUCGAUUGCAGCUAUAUCCGCGCCUUUUCACGCUAAUAUCAGACCCUAUUUUCAAAAGUGUUCUGUUUAUCAUUCAAAACACCACAAAGUUGUCACUACUACAAGCUACGUUACAAUUGUUUACAACGCUAGUUGUUAUAUUAGGCAACAAUUUACAAUUGCAGAUUGAGCUCACCUUAACAAAGAUAUUCUCCAUUCUCUUAGAUGAUGGUGCAGCAAACAGUUCGAAUUCAGAAAAUAAGAACAAACCGUCAAUAAUAAAGGAGCUUUUAAUCGAGCAAAUAUCUAUCUUGUGGACUAGGUCGCCAUCAUUUUUCACUUCCACUUUCAUCAAUUUUGAUUGUAAUCUGGAUAGAGCAGAUGUUUCUAUAAACUUUUUGAAAGCCUUGACCAAACUGGCCUUGCCUGAAUCUGCUUUGACCACCACAGAGAGUGUACCACCCAUUUGUCUUGAAGGAUUAGUAUCCUUAGUCGAUGAUAUGUUCGAUCACAUGAAAGAAAUUGACAAAGAAGAAUUUAGCAGACAAGGUAACGAUAUGGAAAUCUUAAAGAAGAGAGAUCGUAAAACAGAGUUUAUUGAGUGUACGGAUGCAUUUAAUAAAAAACCAAAGAAAGGUAUUCCGAUGUUAAUAGAAAAGGGAUUCAUCGCUUCCGACUCUGAUAAGGAUAUUGCAGAAUUUCUUUUCAAAAAUAACAAUCGUAUGAACAAAAAAACCAUUGGACUACUUCUAUGUAAUCCGGACAAAAUAAGUUUGCUUAACGAAUAUAUUCGUUUGUUUGAUUUUUCAGGUUUAAGGGUUGACGAGGCUAUUAGGAUUUUAUUGACCAAAUUCAGGUUACCUGGUGAAUCGCAACAAAUUGAGAGAAUUAUUGAGGCGUUCUCUUCCGCAUAUUGUGAAAAUCAAGAUUACGAUCCAUCAAAGAUUAACGACAAUGCGGAGGAUGACAUUGCUACGGUUCAACCAGAUGCUGAUUCUGUUUUCAUUUUAAGUUAUUCAAUUAUCAUGCUAAACACGGAUCUUCAUAAUCCUCAGGUGAAGGAACAUAUGUCAUUUGAGGAUUACUCUAGUAAUUUGAAGGGAUGUUGUAAUCACAAAGACUUCCCGUUCUGGUAUUUGGAUAGGAUUUAUUGCUCAAUCAGAGAUAAGGAAAUUGUUAUGCCCGAAGAACAUCAUGGUAAUGAAAAGUGGUUCGAAGAUGCUUGGAAUAAUUUAAUUUCUUCAACCACCGUGAUAACCGAGAUUAAAAAGGAUACACAAUCUGUUAUGGAUAAAUUAUCGCCCUUAGAGCUUUUGAAUUUUGAUAGAGCAAUAUUCAAACAAAUUGGGCCAAGCAUUGUUAGCACAUUAUUUAACAUUUACGUUGUUGCAUCCGAUGACCAUAUCUCCACUAGAAUGAUAACAAGUUUGGAUAAAUGUUCAUUUAUCUCGGCAUUUUUUGACUUUAAGGAUCUUUUUAAUGAUAUCUUGAAUUCUAUUGCUAAGGGCACUACAUUAAUAAAUUCAAGCGAUGAAGAUGAACUUUCAAAUCUAGCAUUUGAAUAUGGACCAAUGCCGUUGGUACAAAUUACAUUCGAAGACACCAAUACUGAGAUUCCGGUUAGUACGGAUGCUGUUAGAUUUGGUCGGUCAUUCAAGGGUCAGUUGAACACAGUAGUUUUUUUCCGCAUCAUUCGUAGAAACAAAGAUCCCAAGAUUUUUUCCAAGAAAUUAUGGUCAAACAUUGUGAAUAUUAUCCUAACCCUGUACGAAGAUUUAAUUUUACCUCCUGAUAUUUUCCCCGAUUUGCAGAAAAGAUUAAAAUUAAACAACUUGCCUAGGCCAUCCCCUGAAAUUUCGAUCAAUAAGAGCAAAGAAAGCAAGGGUCUCUUGUCAACAUUUGCUUCUUACUUGAAAGGAGAUGAAGAACCUACAGAAGAAGAAAUAAAAUCCUCAAAAAAGGCGAUUGAAUGCAUAAAAUCGAGUAAUAUUGCCGCUUCUGUUUUUGGAAAUGAAUCGAAUAUUACCAUCGAUUUAAUAAAGACUUUACUGGAAUCUGCGAAAACUGAGAAGGAUGAAGAUAAUUCCAGGUAUUUUGAGGCAGAACUUCUAUUUAUCAUUGAGUUGACGAUUGCCUUAUUUUUGUUUUGUAAAGAAGAGAGGGAAUUAGGAAAGUUUAUACUUCAAAAGGUUUUCCAACUGUCUCAUACUAAAGGUCUCACGAAAAGGACUGUUCGCAGAAUGCUAACAUACAAAAUUUUACUGAUUUCAUUAUGUGUGGAUCAGACGGAGUAUUUAUCAAAAUUGAUAAACGAUGAGUUGUUAAAGAAGAGUGAAAUUUUCACCCAGAAAUUUUUUGCAACUCUCCAAGGUAAGGAAUUCUUAAAAAGGUUAUUUUCCUUGACUGAAUCAGAGUCUUAUAGAGAAUUUUUACUAGGAAAUGAGAAUUUCUGGAAGUUUUUGAGAAAGGUGACGGCGAUGAAGGAGCAAAGUGAUAGCAUUUUUGAAUAUUUAAAUGAAUCGAUCAAAACAGACUCAAAUAUCUUGACGAAUGAGAAUUUUAUGUGGGUUCUGGGAUUGUUGGAUGAAAUUUCAUCAAUGGGUGCUGUUGGUAACCAUUGGGAAAUGGAAUACAAAAAUUUGACAGAGAGUGGACAUAAAGUGGAUAAGGAGAAUCCAUACAGGAAAUCAAUUGAAUUAUCAUUGAAGUCCAUUCAACUGACGUCACACUUAUUGGAAGAUAGUAAUAAUUUGAAUAAGAACGAGAUACUCGCAAUUAUUCAAGCUUUAGCACAUCAAUGCAUCAAUCCAUGUAAGCAGAUAAGCGAAUCUGCAGUGGAAACACUACAACAGACACUCAUCAACAAAAUCGAAAUCCCAACUGAUGAAAUGGAAUCGGUAGAGGAGUUAAUUGAGGGUGGAUUACUACCAUUGCUGAAUUCGAGUGAAACACAGGAAAAUCAAAAAAUCCCCAUUUCAUCCAUACUAACAAUAAUUUCAAAUGUUUAUUUACACUAUCUGAGAUUGGAAAGAACAAGCAACGAAACAUUUUUAAAAAUUCUGGGUAUUUUCAAUAAAUUCGUAGAAGAUUUAGAAGUUGAAAAGCAGCUACAACAAUUGAUACUUGAUAAGAAGAGCAUUGAGAAAGAAGUCAAUGGAUCAUCAUCGCAUGCAUCUGUACAUGAGCAAUCGCCGGAAAUGAGCGACGUUCGAGCUGAAGUUGCUGCAUCAGUUGAUGAUAAAUCGAAGGUUGUUGAUGAAGAUGGGAUGGAGAAAAAGGAAGAAGAGGAUAUCAAGAGUUAA